UCCAAAUGCUAUAAAAUAUUGUCGGAAAAUGGCAACAACGACCAGGCCACCGGUAACUGUACUACAUUGGAUGCCCGCGCUCAAGUCAUCAUGAUCAAAGACCAGAGUGAGCAGGACUUCCUAACAAACAUUUUGCGUCAGUAUAAUAACAUGACAAAUAGGGUGUGGGCUAAAUAUAGUCGCUACACAAUUUUCCGCAAUUUUGAUGACCCUAGUGAUGAGAGCUGUGGCCCUGCAUCCUGCUCAAUGCAAAUCUCCAUUUCCACCAUUAAUUUCGGUAAAUGGUAUUCAGAGCCCACGAGGCGUCGUGGACUCAUAGCCUGCGAUCGCCCCCAGGAGUGGACACCAAUCCUAUUGAGUACGGCCUUAGAAAAUGUGACACAACUGUUAAAUAGUCAGCAAAACACUAUCGAUAAACAACAGGAAAUGCUGGAAAAGCUCAGCGAUAAUACUGUUCCCAUAGGAUUCAUAUACAUACAACUGCCCAACCAGUCAAAGCCCAUAAACCUGUGGCCACUAACUAACUGGUCGGAUGUGACACAAGAAUAUUCCGGACUAUUCUUUAGAGUAGAGGGCGGAGACUCACUACCAAAUUGGGAUGACUUCAAUGAUAACGACAGGUGCUGCAGACAAGAAUAUGAAUCUUGCGAACGGCCUCAGGAGUGGACAAACACUAUACUGAGCACAGCCCUAGAAAAUGUGACACAACUCGUGAAUAGUCAGCAAGAUACCGUUCCCCAAACUGUUCCCAUAGGCUUCAUAUACAUGCAACUGCCCAACCAGUCAGAGCCCCGACAUCUAUGGCCACAGACUAAUUGGACGGAUGUUACAUCAAAAUAUCCCGGAUUAUUGUAUCGAGCAGAGAGUGGAGACUCACUACCCUUUGGACAAAUUCAACAGGCUAACUAUUCACGUAUUGCAAACCUAGAGACAGUUAAUUUAAAUACAAAUAGUACCGAUGGUGUUAAGUCAAUGGAGCUAGUUGAAGGAAAUCUAUACGAGGCUCUUGGUAACUGUUCCGAGUUAGAUAUAGGUGCCGAUGUUAUCCUAAUAGGUGACCAGGAUGAACAAAAAUUUGUUGAACGCAUGUUUACCCCAUACACGAACAUAAGUAACCGGGUGUGGGCCCGGUAUCCACGAAAGUCUACAUUUCGCAAUUGGGAGGAAACACCAGAAGCCCGUGUCUGUCAACCCUACCCACGAAAAUGUCCCAGUACCUAUCCAAUGCAUAUAUCCAUUUCCAGUGUUAACUAUGGCAUAUGGUACGACGAGCCGGGGAAACGGCGGGCAUUAAUAGCCUGUGAGCGCCCGCAGGAGUGGACAACCCUUCUGUUGAGUACGGCCUUAGAAAAUGUGACACAACUGUUGAAUAGUCAGCAAAACACUAUCGAUAAACAACAGGAAAUGCUGGAAAAGCUUAAUACCGUUCCCAUUGGCUUCAUAUACAUACAGCUGCCCUACCAGUCUGAGCCCAAACACCUGUGGCCAGCGGCCAACUGGUCGGACGUCUCGAAAGAAUAUUCUGGACUAAUAUUUAAGGUGGAAGGCGGAGAUGCACCUGCGAAUAUGAGCGAGAUUGAUUUAGCGGAUGAAACUUCGGACGAUAGUACUGAUAGCCCGGUGCAAAUGAUGGGAAUGGGAUCUAAUAGCUAUGAGUAUCUGGGUUUGGGUCACAAUAAACCCGUCAAAACACCACAAAUUAUUCCGCAAUUAUGUCAUAAACAUAUCCAACAGUUUAUUAAUGGCGAGGAUUUUGUGCUGGCUAUCAACGAUAGCAAUCACGUUCAGCACUCCCUGGCCCUCACUACCGAUGGACAGGUGUUCGGGUGGGGCCGUAAUAGCGAGGGACAGCUGGAGGCGUUGGACUACCACACCCGACCCGUUAGACCUAAUAAUUUUGGACUCAGACCCUGA